GAAGCUGAACCUGCGGCUGUGUGCGCGCGCUGUGGAGGGGCGUGAAACAAGUUCACUCUGGGAAUUUACGCACAGCCAGAAGCUGGCCACGGGGGUCUGGGCAUGGAAAAGACUGGACUUUGGAUAUUCCUGAUAACAACUUGUGUUAUUUCAGGGAUAAAUGGACAGACGGUGGAAAUGGACGACGGGAAGUCGGGGUACGUCGGGUCAAAGGUGGAUCUCCGCUGUCGGUUCAUCAACAGCUUCCCGCCCGUCAAGAUCUCCCAGGUAACAUGGCAGAAGCUGGUGAACGGCACCAAGCAGAACGUGGCCAUCGCCAAUCCGUCCCUGGGCGUGUCGGUGGCGCCGCCCUACAGGGACCGGGUCAUCUUCAAAAACGGCGCGGUCAGACGGAGAACUCCCAAUCUGGAGGACACCACCAUCACCUUCUCCUCGCUGCGCCUCGCGGACGAGGCCACCUACAUCUGCGAAUACACCACCUUCCCCGCGGGGAACCGAGAGAACACUGUCAACCUGACCGUCCACGUUCGUCCAACAACUCAGAUGAGUCUGUCCACACCAACUCUGGUGGCUCGCUCGUCCAACCUGAAAACCCCGGUGGCCACCUGUGUCUCUGCCAACGGGAAGCCAGCUGGGACCAUCAGGUGGGAGACGAGGGUCCCUGGAGAAGUGACCACCAGAGAGUUCAGAAACUCCGAUGGGACGAUCACGGUUCAGAGCGACUACAUCCUCGUGCCCAGCAAAGAAACACACAAGGAGACGCUCACCUGUGUCACGUCGUACAACGAGGAGGUCUACACAGACAGCGUGACCCUCGACAUCCAGUAUGAGCCAGAUGUUUCCGUGGACGGAUACGACGGAAACUGGUAUCUGAAUCGUGAGAACGUCCAGCUGUCCUGCCAGGCCGACGCCAACCCGGCCGUCUCUCUGUAUCAGUGGAGACUGAUUAAUGGAUCCAUACCAAGCAAUGCUGAGAUCCGAGACAACGUCCUCACCUUUAAAGGGCCGGUCACGUACGACCUGCAGGGAACGUAUGUGUGUGACGCAACAAACAGCAUUGGGACACGGUCGGCCUCUGUGGAGGUCAGCGUUUUAGAAAAACCUCUACCACAGAUUGCUACAAGUGAUGUGAUCAGUGUGAUUGCCUUACUGCUGGCUGCUGGAGUGCUCAUGGGCAUAACUAUCACAGUCCUGGUGCUGAAAAUAAGAAGUAGAAAAAGCAACUCCUCAAGAGAUUCUCCCUCCAAGAAACUGUCACAGCCUGUAAGAAAAAGACCAGCAGAUGACAUCCAGCAUUCAGGCCGGUUUUAUGAAGAGCUUCCAAACACGGCAGACUAUGUGAGCUACAGACUGGCCUGUAACAAGGAAGACUACCCGGAGCCCUACUCCCCUCCGAUCAACCCCCCUCUGUCCUUCCUGCCCCAGCACCCCUACCACGCCUCACAGCCGACGCCUGCGACCAGCAGCAGCAGCGGCGCCACGUCGAAGAACACCUUCUCUCCUCCUUCGCACGCCACGGCCAUCUUCAAGUACCCGUCCGUGCCGGGCCUGUCCUCCCCUCCGCCAGGAGUGGCGCCGUACACUUUCCCCAAAGAGCAGUACGUCUGAGGAAGCACGCCGCGCGCUGGAAAAGCAUCGUUUUAGCCCAGCUGGACUGUCGGCCAGCAGCUCCGCACCGCAUGCGUCACUGUGGACAGCUCCGAAGGUCCUCUGGAGGACCGCUGCAGCUCUG